UGUGUGUGUGUGUGUGUGUGUGUGUGUGUGUGUGUGUCAGGAAUUUCAAACACCUUAUUCAUUUCGCCCAUCCCUGGUAACCCGCUUCAAUCUACUUCACUUCCGUUUUCACUGUAAGAAAAACCGGAUGUCCAAGCAUCCUCUCCCUCGCCACUCGCCCGGGCCUCACCACUACCUCCAUCACCACCACCACCCUUCGCAAACCUUUCCUACUUCUGUAUACGCGUUCGUGUUCCCACACUCAUGCUAACACGUAACCAAGAGAUGAGUCUAUUUAGCUUAACCUUACAGAGAUAUCUACGCAUUGAGAAUUACAGGCAUAAUUUUUAAGUGGUGAUAUAAGGUGUUAAAUGCUGGAUGCGACAGUGUACGUGUAUAUCAGAGACUAGAUGGUGCAAGGGUGACAUAACACUUGUCGAUUAUAUAAACUUUACGUAUAUAUUAAUAUGCAUGCGGCUUAGAGUUUCUGGUGAUGAGAAGUGUUACGUUGCUGUCAGGAGCCACUACGACUGUCAACUCUUUGCUGAUCAAGAUUGCGCAAUGAAGGAGGCCCCGUCACCUUUGGCUUUUGCGUCGACCGAAUGAGUGGCGUCGUUUGUGAUGCUGUUUUAGGAACUUAGGUGCAGCACAACAUCAAGAAGGAUGGCAACUCUAGUUUUCUUGGCCGCUAUGAUGGUGGUGUUACCCAAGCCGCUACAGUCAUUAAGACUACCACCCUCGUCAUGCCUCUUGGUUUCCUUACAUUUCUCUCGUCUGUCAUACUAAUUUCUUUAUUCGUAUGAUGGUUUUUCUUCGUUGUUUCUGUCGGUACCCACCCAGCCCCCUUCCGUCCUGCCUUAAACACACUCCCUCCAUUCUCUGGUUCUUCCCCCUCUCAACCACAUUCCAUUCCUCGAGACUACAUUCCCCUCAACACGCCCACAUUCCAGAGCCACGCCCACACGCCAGCUGUAUGAGUCACAGGCUUUUCCCAGCUGAACGCCCCAGGCCGGCAGGUGCUCAUGUCUGUCCAGAAGUAAGUACAGAGCCACCACCACCACUAGCAGCGCCACCACAGCGACUAUCACCACUAGGCAACUUCGUCCCCGCUCACCUCUUCCUUCUUGCUUCAUCACUACCGGCGGCUACAAUACACGUACACUCCACAAUACCACUACUGAGCGAGUGUCUCGGUGUGCCACGCAUCCCGCAGGGCAUCGAUACACAAUAGGAACUGUACUUAACCAUAUGCCAGGCCCCUAUCACUUCACCACCUGACAGGCGAGGCAGGUUAUCUUUAGGAACUGAACCCAUGAAGCUAAAAAUUCGAAGUCCUCCCUGUUACUCGCUACCACGUCUUCCGCAUCCCACCCUUCCUUUCAACACGGAGAUGGAGGUCCUGGAACCCCACAGAGACGAAUCUUAUAGAACGCAGCAGAGGUAACAGGUGCUCUAGGUGGAGCCGGUGUCUGAAACGCGUCAGGGCAGAAGGGAGAGAGGCAGCUGGAAGGUGGUGCAGGAGGCUGGCCAUUGGCAAGUGUAUGGUGGAGGUGACGUUGCUGGAUUGGAAUCAGGUGGUAGGUGAGGGUGAAAUGACAGGUGGUCGGAGGUAGCAGGUGGCCGAUAGUGGAGAGGAGGUGGCAGCCUUGGCCGCUGAGAGAUUUAAAUCCACAACACAACACAAGGGACUGAGCGGGUGGGGGAGGCACGACAGGCCCAGUACUACCUUUCUCUUCCUCAUCGUCUCCUUUUUGAAGCUGACGCGACCGCUAAUGUCCCUCAACACACUUCACUUUUGUAUUUGAAGUCACCUGCUCCUGCUUUGAUGGUGCCAUGAAGGAUGACUUACAAGAGCAAAACAAGGCUUGCACACUCCCGGGCACAGCUGGUAAAUAUCCGGGGAGUGACAGGGGCUGCGAUAAGGCCCUCGCACUCCGGGUCCUAAAGCCUCGAAAAAUUUUAGCUCUGAAUAUUCCCAUGUUCUAGCACACGUAAAAUCUUUGAGAAAAUAAAUUUAAUUAUCAAACUAUUAACUGUAAUGAGAGCAAACAUUUGCUAGUAAGUUUAACGAACGUCUCCACAGAUGUAGGAGUUUGCGUGCUUAGCUGAGAAUUCAUGGAGCAGUUUAUCCACAGAUUUCGUCCUCCUCUCGGCUGGGUCGAUAGGGGUAUGCCAGAGGAAGGUAAACUGUGUAGGCCGGAUGUCACAAUUGGCCCUGCGUUCCGGAAUAACGGAAUCUUAUCCACCACAAGCUCAUAGGCCAAGGAGACGGAACUCAUCGCCGAGGCAACGCGCAGCUCAGCGUAUGCCCCGACUUUGCCUUCCACUGGGCAGUUCCGAAGAAAACGGGUGUUGGGUGUGGAGAAGCUGGUAAUUGUUGGUGGAGGUUAUGGUGAGAUGGAACCUCUGCUAGAGAGCUAGGUGUUUACGGAUGGUAGUAGUCUUCCGUCCAUAACGCUGCUAUUAAGGACGACGACGGCGGUGGUACAGGGACGUGGGGCUUCUGGUAAGGAGAGAAUGUGGCGCGGGAAGGAAGAGAACGUAGUGUGGUGGUGGUGGUGAUGAUUCCUGGGACGUGAGGCGCAGACGGUGGUGAGGUGAAGGGUGAGGUAGGGCGUGGUGGUAGUAGUGGUGGUGGUAGCCAGUAAAUGAAUGAGUGUGCUGCAGCAGGUGUGGGAGUCGGACGUCGGCGAGCGCGGGCAAGCCGGUGUAGGGGAAACUGACACACGCGCGCACGCCGCCCACCCGCCAGUACGCACUAAAUGGUCGCCACGCGCAGACGCUUCGACACAUCCUCUCGCCUACCGUCUCACUUGGGGCCCCACCGCCCUCAACACCACCCGCGCCACCCCUGCCCGGCACAGCUUACAGCCAGCCUGACUCUCACAACUUUACGAACACUGAGUGAUGCCCACGUGACCAACGCGAUUCUGAAAUGAUUCUUAGAAAACGUUGCGUGUAGUGUUUGUUGCAACUACUUGUAGACGUGCAUUUUCCACGGUGGAGUGGUGUGGACGCACGUGGGCGUGCGUGGGCGUGGGUGUGCGUACGGGCGAGCGUGAAGAAUGGAGAGUGGGGGUGACGUGAUGCCCCUCGACCUGUACGAGCACAUGGUGACGGAGGACGCUUCAGGAGGCGCCAGUCCCGGCGUCUCCUCCACCUCCAACCAGGCCUUCCUUAUGGACAACUGGGUGCACCAGCUGUACGAGCAGGUGUGCAUGAUGAGUGGAGGUGGGUCGGGCGAGGGUGGGCCGGGGGUGGGGCACAUCAAGCAGGAGGAUGGAGGCUAUGGCGCCGCCCCCACCACCCACCACCCCCGUGCCAGACAGCUCUCCUGCUCCUCCCCCAACACCACCGCUGUCUACUCCCCUACCACCACCGCCAUCCCCUCCGAGCUGGACUACAGUGAGUGUGGAGACGAGGCCCAACCUUCACCUAAACACAUGAAGCUCUUCACAGACUCGCCGCCCAGCCCAGAUCGCCAGUUCUGCUCCUCCACCACCUCCAUGACCAGUGACUCCACAAACACGCCUUCUGAGAGUUUACGAGAAGACGAUGGUCCUAAGAGGUCGUGUCUAGUGUGUGGAGACAUUGCUUCUGGUUUUCAUUAUGGUGUAGCAUCCUGUGAAGCCUGUAAAGCCUUCUUUAAAAGAACCAUCCAGGGUAACAUCGAAUAUACGUGUCCAGCUGCCAAUGACUGUGAAAUCAACAAAAGAAGAAGGAAAGCAUGUCAAGCCUGCCGGUUCCACAAGUGUCUUCAUGUAGGCAUGCUCAAGGAAGGUGUGAGGUUAGAUCGAGUGAGAGGAGGGCGACAGAAGUACAGAAGGACUACAGAGUCUCCGUUCUCUUUGCAACAAAUGCCUGUAAAAAAAGUUUCUUUAGAAGAUAAUAAGUUGCUGAAGUCUCUUAUAUCAUGUGAGCCAGACUCUCUGUAUGCUUUAUCAGACGUGACCGUGUCUGAUGCAGAUUUCCAUACUAUAUCCACACUUGCUGACCUCUAUGACAGGGAGCUGGUUUCCACCAUAGGAUGGGCCAAGCAAAUUCCAGGGUUCACUGAACUAGCACUGAAUGACCAGAUGCGACUGCUACAGAGUACAUGGGGAGAGAUCCUAAUACUGGGCUUAGCCUACCGCUCCAUGCCUGCCCAUGCACACACACUUCAGUUUGCUCCUGACUUCAGCCUAGAUGAGAAGCAAGCAAGAGAAUGCAAUGCAACAGAACUUUUCACUCAAGUGCUAGGAGUUGUUGAGCGGCUUGAGCAGUGUGGCAUCAACAGGGAGGAGUUCCUGCUGUUGAAGGCUCUUGUGCUGACUAAUUCAGAUGUACGCCUUCAAGACAACCAGGCCCUCCAACGGUUAAGACAAAAUAUCUUACAGUCAUUGCAUGAUGCUGUUGCAACAAUCAGGCUACGUGAUGCGGUUGUACAGAUGCAGUCGCUAUUACUGUGUUUACCAUCACUUAGAGCAGCUGAUGCAGCACUGAGGAGAUACUGGCUCUCUGUGCGUCACCAAGGUAGUGUGCCCAUGAAUAAGCUCUUUGUGGAGAUGUUAGAAUCACACAUGCGGUGAACCUACUUUUCCUUCACGGAUAAAAUGGAGAAGAAAAGGACAUAAUACUUUUACUGAUUGUUCAGUGACAGGGAUGCAAGAGCUGGUGAAGGGCAAAAACUGAAAGUGGAAAGAGAAUAUAAAACAUGCAAGUGGUUGGUGUGAUGGUCCAACUGUGACCAAAAAGGUUUUCUUGGUUUUAUGUCUUCCAAGAGUUAAGUUGAAGUACAAGUUAUGCAUGACAAGUUAAAGGCUUUACCCCUUUGAUGAUCUGACCAAAGGUGGUUUUUUAAGAGAGGCUAAUAGUCUGGCAAGUGCUGUUUGAGAGCCUACAGACUGGGAAGUUGUGCAGAUAAAUCAAGAGGAAAGCAACUACACAUAUUACAUCUCCAAGUUUAUGAAGUAAAUUUUUUAAUAAAGGAAGCCUGCCAUGUUGCCAUACACUCAGGUAUUGUUGGCACUUGUGUUCAGCCCGAGAAAGAACAGGUCUUAAGAUCUCUGCAAGAUUCCCAACCACAUUUGAGCCUGUGUACAUGUAUGUUAAUGAAUGUACUCCCACCGAGAUACACUAAUGGCAAUGUUGCCACCAUACACAAAUAAUUGAUAUAGCCAGAUUUUUUUCACCAUUAACAAAACUACACACAAAAAAAAAACUUAUUGGGAAUAUCAUAUUUGAAACAAAACAGAUACUAGGCUCACGUUUGCUGAUCUCGCCUCGCUUGUUGGCAGUUGACUCAGGACUAGUACCACUCCAGUUGUGUGUUUCAAAACUCAAAGUCGCUGCUAGAAACCUAUGUUGAUAAAAUGUAUAUAUUAUUCUUUGUAUCUCAAGGCAUAGGCCUAUGUAACAGUACAACUGCUUAUGUAAGAGAAAUCAACAAAAAAUGUGUGUUGUCUAUUUCUAAUAAAUGUGAAAGUUGUGAUGUUUCUAUGCGUUAUCAGUACCUCCAUAGUCACCAGAGCACAUAUUUAUAGCCUUCCUUAAGGAGGAAGUACAUGCAAGGGUGACUAUGGUGUUACAUCCUUAGGCUAUGAGGUGCUAGUGUUUCAUGGUGUAAUGUCUAUUUUUUUGCCCAGGAAGUAGCAAAUUGUUAAAAAAUGUUUUAAGUAUGAUGUGCUAUUCUUUGACAAGUGUGUCAUAUGUAACAAGUGACUUUAUUUUUUGUAAAGUCUUUAGGCUUAUGCACUGACAAACAAAAGUGGUUAACAGGUAUACAGUAGGAAGCUGAAACUGAGUAUUAUAUUUGUAUUGCUUCCCCAAGAAAAAAAAAAUUAAUACCUAGUCUUUAAGACCUCACCAUUGCCCUACAGUUUUCAUUCAUCUUGCAAGAUGUCACACACAUGCACUUCAACUUCAUACCUACAACCUCAAAAAACAGUUCACCAUUAAUAGAAAUAUAAUGCAGUUAAUUGCUGUAUGCUUUUAUAUAUCAGUAGAGUAUCCAAAUUAUGUACGGUACAACCUCAAAGGUGAACAGUAUGAUGCCAUGCAAAGAAACAGUAGUCUUUAAAUAUUCUUUGCAGCACUUCACAUUUUGGUUUGCAGUCAGCUCAAGACAAAGAUUAGUAUGUGAUCAAGAUUAGUAUGUGAUCAUUUAUACACAUCCCAACAGCAUGCAGUAUAUCCAGUUUGCAAUGGACAAUAACACCUUAUGUCAAAUAUAUAUAUAUAUAUAUAUAUAUAUAUAUAUAUAUAUAUAUAUAUAUAUAUAUAUAUAUAUAUAUAUAUAUAUACAUAAAUAUUUACAGUGAUCCACUCCAUUUUGACUCUUCUGUUUAAGAACUCAAUUAUUUGAUAAUUAAUUUUCUUCAAAAUUUUAAUAAGAUUAUCAAACCACAAUGCCUUUCAAAAGCAAAAGAUAGUUAAUAAUUACUGAUUAUAUAAUAUAUGUAUGUAGAAGCUUAUUUUAUUAUAAAUUUAUGUGAAAAUACAAAACUGCUGUAUGCAUAUUUUAUCCAAAAACCAAAUGUUAAGUGCUGAAUUUUUCAACUAUAGUUUUUAUGUAGUAUACCAGGAUCUGCUACUACCACAUUCAUUAGUUAAAAAGAUGUACACAUUCUAGUGCUUUUAGAAUUUUUUUCAAGACAUUUCCUUGGUUAAGUUUUCAUUUUUACUCCAUCCACUGGUAAGAUCACUAUGUUCCCUCUUCACAAGUUAUGACAAGCCAUUUUUAUAUAUAGAUUUUUUACCUACUCUUAGAUCAUUACAACCCUCAGUUUUUUUUACAUAAGAUAAUCUUAGUGAACAAUGUAGAAUACUCAUAUGACAUUCAGUUAACAUUUUUCACUGUUCAAAAAAGUUAAUAACUGUUAUGUAUUUGCCUACCAGAUCAUUCUGGCAAUGGUGUGGACAGCCAAUCAUCCAAACAUUUAUAUCAAUUAUAGCUUUUUUUUUUUUUUUUUUUUUUUUUUUCUCUCCAGUACAAUUUGAAAUGGUCUGGGUAGCCGGUCACCUGUCUCAUCAAUAGUGAAGCAUUGUAUAUAUACCUAAUUUGUUUUUUUUUAUGAGAAAUAAUUAGACAACAUUUAAUUUCUUAUUUGCAAUCAAUUUAAUGCAUAACUGCAGUGAGUGAAAAUUUAUAAAAUUUAUUUAAAUGUAAUAUCCUGUUUUUUUUUUUUUUUAUUUUCAAAUGUAUUCUGCAACUGCUAUCCAGAAUGACAAAGUUUCUUUUGAAUACAAGUUCAGUAGACUCUAACAAAGUAUUAAAAAGACAUCAUGAUGUAAGUAAUUAUAUAUCUACAUUAACUUUUGAUAAAUUGUGAUGGCAAUAACUUUUGUUUCAGCAUCUAUUAAAAAUGGUCAUCUCUAAUACAGUAACCUUGAUCUUAAAAGCAGCAACUACUAAAACUUAUAUUAUACAAGCUAAUCUUGUAUGGCGAGUAAAUUAACCAUCUGCUCGUGUAUUACUUAUAUUGCUAUGAUGUAUGGUCUAAUAUCCAGAAAAACACAUUACAUACAAAAUAAUUUAAAUGACAGUGUUAUCUCUCAAUUCCAAAAGCAGCUCAUGCACAGAGUUUCCAGGAGCAGGAUAUUUCCAAUACUGGGAUAGGUUUCCUUUUCAUGCAAUUUUUGGUCACAUAAGACAGAUUUUUAUUUAGAUCUCAUGAAUACUGUGUUGAAGUAUCACCUGAUCACCUGGUGGGAGAUAGUGGGUAAUGAGAAAUGUUCAUUGCUCAUUUCUAAGUGCCAGUUUUCACAGUACUUGCAUAAAAUUUUUAAUUCUUGAAACUGUUAUGCCAUUUGUUUAUUUUCCUUGUCUUAGCAUGAGUAUCUUAAUCAUUUGUUUGCUUAUCAAUAUACCAUCAUCAGCAUAAAUCUGAUGGAAACAACAUGCAUGAAUUUCCUAUACUAUCCCCUUGUACUCACUGGUUAAUGCAACCAAAAUGCUAUGUGAUAUGUUAGUCAGACAUACACCACAACAAUGCCUUACAGAUCAUCAACUAAUGCAUUCUUAUCAUAAGAGAGAGAAAGUGAAAGAAUGAGAGCAAGACAGAAAUCCAACUGACUUCCAAGAUCUACCUCACAUAAGAAUGUUGGUGUCAGUUUACGUACAAUUUUCUUUUAACCUCACAUUGCAGGCAAGUACAGUACUGUAUGCAGAAAAUAUUGCGUGUGUGCACACACACACACACACACACAUAUAUAUAUAUAUAUAUAUAUAUAUAUAUAUAUAUAUAUAUAUAUAUAUAUAUAUAUAUAUAUAUAUAUAUAUAUAUAUAUAUAUAUAUAUAUAUAUAUAUAUAUAUAUAUAUAUAUAUAUAUAUAGCAAAAAAUAUAGUGAUUUAACUUUAGUGUUACUGGAAGAUAGGAAAGUAUGUAAAACUUCAUACAAUAAUUAGAAGAAAUAGUUCCGUGUAACACUUUCAGUCAAAAAUUUCCAUGUCAUGUGCCAACACCAGGGUAACUAAAGGUGGUAAUGGUAAAAAAAAAUCCUAUUCCUAAUAACAAUACAUUUGUCCACACUCCUCAACAAAAGUGACAAGGGUGCAUCCACUAAAGAUUUAUUACUAAAGUUCAGCAGAUUUGUAAAUGUCACACAACUAAUCAUUUCACAACCUCUUGUUAUCAUGAUCCCAAAUCCCCUUAGAAAUUUGGUGUCUACCUACAUUUUUUAAUAUGCAAACAGCACUGCUAUUUGCACAGUCAUGACCACAUAGGAAAAGUAAAACAUAAUUAGGUCAUGUGUUAUCUGUUUGAAAUUAAGUGUACUGUCCAUCAUUUUUCUGUAAAGUUUUCAUUCUAACUUAUCAUUAUUUUGCUAUGACUUUUCUCAACUAACCUGUUUUAAAGGGGAUCUCAGCAUGGUAUAUAGAUACAGAUACACUGGUGAUGGAUGAUGACUAUACCACACUUCCAGAACUUUUUCAUGUUUAUCUUUUUUUUUUUCCAGUAUAAUAAAACUGUUUCCAGUACUUGGGAAUAAUAAAAAGGUAUAAAAUAAAAUAUGAAAAUAUAGAAACCUAAGUGUGAGAUACACAUAGUAACAUGGGAAAGCUUGAAGAAAACUGAAACAAUGAAGUAACAAAUUGAAAGCUUUCUUGAUAUGGAUAACUGACAGAUGUAAAUGAAACAGCAUCAGAGACAGUUACAAGUGAGAAAAUAUCACGCACACCUGACUUGAUGCAAGAGGAUACUUCAUAAAUAGAUAGGGUAUAAUUUUUGGCCUCGUCGAAUAAUACUACGGUUUAAUAUGAAGAUUAAUCUUCAUAAUGUACAGAAUAAUGUGGAGACAUGCCAUGCAGCAUUAUACCACUAUGCUCAUCUUUGUUGCCUUGGCCUGUAGGCCUGUAACUUCAGAAAAUAUUUUCUUUUUUAGACUGAAAGAGGAAAGAUCAGAGCAGAAUGAGGCAAUAUUAGAAGCUCACCGUGUGAAAAACUACCUGGUAUUGGGAGAUAUUACUGUAUACUGACUAUGAAAACUAAGUAAAGAAAGCUAAUUCAACAUCCUAUCAUUGUACUAACACAAACUUUCAACAACAAAAAUCUAGCACAAAUCUUAUUCAUAUGCUAAUAUAUCCACAUAAAACAUGACAAAAAGCUCAAUUUUACAGAUGAAAAUUCCUCUGAUAUUAAAAAAGAUAUAUAUAUUGCCUUUAAUACCCAAAGAUUAUUUACUUGCCUUUUACCAUCUACCAUAUUGAUAAGAUAUCACACUCAUCAUUAACAUGAGAUAUGAAGCACAUGAUGACUUUCUGAUUGUUAUGUGCACAUCAUACUUUACUAUAAAAGUUUGUUCACUAUGCUAGGUAUCUUAAUUCUUCUGUCCACCCCAUACAGUAAGCCACACUUUCACAUCUGUAUCAUGGUGCAAUACACGAAAGCAUUCAUAAGCCUGUUUAGAUAAUCAAAUAUUGUUAUUUUUGCAUAAUGUCAAAAGUGAAAACCAUUUCAGCAUCAUUUCCAUAUCAUUGCAUAUUCUGGAAUUUCUUCUGCCUUCACCUCUAAAACCUUUUGCUUUGUUAGUGCAUAAUCUACCAAAGAAAAAUAAAGAUGGCUGAAAAGUUCAUAUCUGCUUCUAAAAACAAACUAUACCUAAUUAGAUUUCAUUCCAUUGACUUGCUUCCUGCAGACUAGAUUAGUCAACAACUAGAAGCUUCCUCUCAAUCCUGCUUCUCUGAUAGUUUCUAUCUAGAUCAGUACACCACCAACAACUGUAGUGGUAACUGUAUCAUCCAACCUGGAGUCAAAAUGUUUAGAUCACAUAGAACCUCUUUUUCUCUUGAAACAUCAUCCAUGAUAUUGGCAAUUCAGUGAUAACAAGAGAACCUGUAGGCAGAAUAUGAGGUUUAUAGCCAUCAUUUUCCCUCCUUGGUCAAGGAAAGGAAGAGAUGGAAUUUUCAAAUAUGAUUGUGAUACAUAGUGCUAUAUACACUACUCUGUGCAAUAAUCUUUUAAAACUGAACUACAUGUAUGGCAUAAGGAUAAACAAUAUACAUUUCAUAUUACAGCUACUCAUUGGGCAUUACCUUCAUAAUUUAUAUAUAUAUAUAUAUAUAUAUAUAUAUAUAUAUAUAUAUAUAUAUAUAUAUAUAUAUAUAUAUAUAUAUAUAUAUAUAUAUAUAUAUAUAUAUAUAUAUAUAUAUAUUGGCAGAUCAUUAAUCAUAUAUGGUAUUGUGCUCCUUGUGUCAAGGUUGUUACAUAUUAAAAUUGUUAAGUAUUACUUCAUACCAGUUAAAAUGGAGUGUUUAUUUUCUUGGUUAUCAAAUGUUAAAAUUAUACAGUUUUAUGAAACAAUAAAUCAUAUACAGUAUAAACAAAGAAGGCUCUGAAGACCAUGUGAUGGUAUGAGCCUGUGCAGGGAGAGGUCUCAGGGGUGUUGCCCUUGGGACUCAGCUCUCCAUCAUACACCUUCUCAUGUGUGUUGUUCCGUGUUGCAAACAUUAACAUCAAGAGUUGUCAUGCCUUGCAUAUGCAUGUAGCUCUUGAAGGUUCAAUUAUUUGUCAAAUGUUUACUGAGCUACACUGACUGUAAUUCCGUCCGUUGGAGGUUUAGGCCCCAGCAUGCCCAGAUUCCUGUACAGUGGUGGCACUUCUUUAACAUGUCAGCCUUAGCCUCUAAAUAGUUAGCAAUGUUACACAGGUACUACUUACUGUUCUUUCUACCUUAACACAUGGUCAUAAAUUCUACAUUGUAAAAAUUACCAUUGCUCACUGAAAAUGUAAAAUCUACAGAUAUAUAGAAAAAAAUCUUUUUAGUCUCCAAUUGUGAAAAAUAUUAUGCACAAAAUAAAUAACAAGAUUCUUAGCUUCAGUAGUGUGUAUUUUUUUAUUUCAUGUAUAGUCUGUCAAGUAGCCCCAGCAAGUGUGUGCAUUUUUUAGACAUCACCUCAGAACUGCAUCAUGGGCUGCCCAUGCUAUUCAGUGUGCUUUCCUUUAACAGCUUCCGUGAAAGUUUGCUAUGCAUGUGUAAGGACAGAAACAAGAGUACUCUGCCUUAGGCCUUUACUGACAUGUUAAAUUUAGAUGAAUAAGAAUGUUUAUUGGAGUUUUAUAGUUUAUUUUUAAAAAAAAUUAAAUUUGCAAAUGCUCCUAAACUUUUAAUGAAAGAAAGAAAUAUUCUUGCUCAUCAUUUCUGUAUUAUUCAGUACAGGUUUAACCUGGGCAUGUAUGGUUGCCAUUGUAUAUACUGUAAUUUGUAUUGGGCACAACCCAAAACAUCUAGAUAAUGUCAUUGUUAAAUUUGUUGUUCUCAGUGUAUGUGGAUAAUGAUAGGAUGUGAUUAUUUAAUCAAUAUUAAAUUACGCAAAGGAUGCAUAUCACCAUGCUUCAUUUGUGUUGUUGUACUCUCGGCACACAAGUCUGAGAAUGAGCUAUAUUUUUUUAUACAGUUUUCUACCUAAAUCUACCUAAUGAAGGAUAACUAUUUUGGAAUUUCAACAUUAUAUCAUCAAAAAUGUUAAAUGAAAUGUUCACUGUGGUAAAAACAUUAAAAUGUUACUAUUUUAUAACCCAUUUCAAUAUUAACCACAAACUUUUCUUUACAUAAACAUACACUGCACUCCUAAUUCAGUAUAUAUAUAUAUAUAUAUAUAUAUAUAUAUAUAUAUAUAUAUAUAUAUAUAUAUAUAUAUAUAUAUAUAUAUAUAUAUAUAUAUAUAUAUAUAUAUAUAUAUAUAUAUAUAUAUAUAUAUAUAUAUAUGAGUAGAUAUGAACAACGUAAUAGAUAGAUCACAACAAAUGUAUAUUUAGACAGAGACAUAAAUGAAUAUCUGAGUGAAAAGAUUGAGACACAUUAUAGGACAGACUGAUAGAUAGAUACAAAUGGAUAGAUAGAUGGAUAAAAGAACAGAUAGAAAGAUAGUUGGAGUGGUAAAUAAGUAAAUACACAGAGUAGCUAAAAAGAGAUGGAUAUAAAGAUGGGCAGUAUUUAACAAAUUAAUACAAAUAAUGUUAUCUAUCUAUGGCAAUAAAUUAAGAACUGCAUCUCAGUAACUGUACCAAUCUCUUAAUAAUUAAUUACAGGAAUUUCAUCGUGACUAAAAUAUAGAUAUUCUUAUAAAGAACAACAUAGAAAAAUGUAUAUUUCUUAGUCAAAUAAAUUAUAUAUAUAUAUAUAUAUAUAUAUAUAUAUAUAUAUAUAUAUAUAUAUAUAUAUAUAUAUAUAUAUAUAUAUAUAUAUAUAUAUAUAUAUAUAUAUAUAAAUUGAUUGAUUGAUACACCCAUGUGCCAAACACAUCCCUAAUUUUUAUAACACUGAACUCAGUGUUUUAUCUUUGAAAUGGUUUCAUCUACCAAAUUUACAUUCUGCUGAAUUAGGAGUGUUUUGCAGUAAAGAAACUGAACCACAUACCUAUAUCACGGACCUCAUGUUAUGAAACCACCUGCCUUAGGUCAUUGUGCUAUAACAAAAGGUGACAUUAAGUUAGUGAGGCUCUUCAUUAAUUGAUUUAUGGAUUGUAUAAAACUUUAUGGUACAUAUGUACAAAUACAACUUACAACUUUGCUCCAAUUAUUUAAAAUUCAUAUUUAAAGCAAAGUAUUGAAAUCAAACUGUUACUGUAUGCUUAGUAAUUCAUGUUUCAGAUAUUACAAAUUUAGAAAUAUAGAUUUACCAUGUAAGUUAUAUCUUUCAUAUUAUACUAAUGAAAAUUCACAAAUCCAUAAACCAAUUAAUAAACUGUUUUGUCACUAGAAAUACAACAACUUACUGUAUCAGACUGGCCAAUGAAAAGCAAUGGAUAUUUAUUUAUGUGGUGCAGAAAUUAUCAGAAAACAUUUCAAUAUAUAAUGAAAAUUUAUCUUAAUCUAACAGGCACAAUGAUAUAUAUACUAUAACAUUUAAAAAAAGUAGCUUCAUGUGAGUUUCAGUUAUCCACAGUGAACCAAUUUUUGUGGUUGGGCAGUUGUAGGGUAAACAUAUGUCAUAGUUGCAAAACUUCUCAAAAUGUAAAAAAAAAAUAUUUCAUGCAGUUAACAAACAACAAUACAGUAAAAUCAUCUCAAUUUAGCUCCCAUUGGUAGUGUAAUGUUUGUUAUAUAGCUGAUAAUUAUACUGCCAGAAUAAAUUAGUUACUGUAAAUAUAAAUAUGUGUUUAUAAUUUGGUAGUUUAAAAUAGGUCAAUAUUUUGUAGUAGCAUAUUAGAAAUAGGAUCAAGAGUUCUGCAACUAUUGACUUUUGAGAAGGUGUAAAAGUAACAUUUUAAGUUUUCUAGGGGCAUUAAUUUGCUUGAAUUUUGGUAUAAAAGGUUAUUAGUCCUUAUCACAAUACAGACCAACUUGUGAUAGCACAGUCCAAGUUAUGUGGUAAAGAUUUCCUUGAAGUGUGAUAGUACUUGCCAUGUAACAAGUUUAUAUGUACAAGUGUGAUAGUAUUUUCAAAGUAUGUAUAUGUUGACUUGUUGAAGUGUGAUGUUACCCUGCCAUGUAACAGGAUUACUUAUUGUCAAAAUAUAUGUUUGAAAUGGUUAAGAAAUCAAGCUCACAGAAAAAAAAAGUUCAGUGUUGAGGGAUGGCAGAAAUGUAUGUAUGGUGGUAAAUGUUCACUUACUCAUGUUUAAAAACAACUGCUUUCACAUUAAAAAUAAUGUUAGUUACCAAAUUACUAUUCAAUAACUAUAAUACUUAACUUUUCAAGAUACUACUACAAAAUACUUAAAAAAAAAAAUAAGUUGAUGCAUUUGGCAGGGCUCUUUGCCUUAGAAAUGCUGAGGGAAAAAUAGAGCUGGUACUUUUGGUAAAGGCACUUUGUCUCAUAUGUACCAUAUAAAAAUAAGAAAAUAAUGAAAAAAAUAAAAAUAAAUAAAUAAAUAUUAAAUUAAUAGAAACAUCAAGCUGUUGCUGAUGGUUGCGGCAGUGCAGGAUAACAACCCACUUCUCACAAGAAAUGGAAAUUAAAUCUAAAGAAUUCAUUAAUUGUGUAAAGAUAAAAGAAAUAGACACAGCCAGCCACACACAACUGGUAGAGUACAUGAUUCACUUUUGGUUAUUAUAUAGAUACAGGAUCUGUAUUAACAAGCAUAACGUUCUCAGUGUGACAAUGUCCAGUCACACAGUCACAUCAUUAUAUUGUAAGACAGAAGCUCCACAUAUUUCAAUUCCCAAAAUAUUCUAAUACUGUAAUACAAAAUUAUACUUGCCUCAGUUCCAAAUGCUUCUGCUUCCUUAUUCCAACAUUUGAGAUGGAGAUGAAACUUUGUUAAGAUUCAUGCUGGUCAUGGUAGAAACUACAGUAAAAUAGUUAGAUCUAUGCUUGUGAAUAAUGUGGACAUAGACAUUAGAGUGGGCCUGAUAUGUUGUUCACUUACUAAUCAAUAUGUAUGAAGAUACAAAACAUAACAUCAAAAUUCAAUAAAUACACAGAAAUAUCUAGCUGCACUGCUACUAAAUCUUCAAGUAAAUCAAUAACGGAAGCAUAGUAGGUAUUUAUUUUCACCUAAAGCCCCAAAACACAUGGAGACAAUAAAUAAUUGCUAAUUACAAUCCACCUGUGUUAUUUCACAAAAUGUCAUUCAAAAGGUUUCCUGGUAACAUAAUGGAUAAAGUAUGUUUUUUUUUUUUUUUCUGUAUGAAUAUAAGAGGUUAACUUAAAAUCAGCUGAUUCACUUGUCCAGAAUGAUCAAUGUGUGUGGUUAGUGGUGGGCUCGACACAUUUCAGAUAGCAGCCUUCAAAAGAGGACUGCAAAGGUUCUUUGUAUAUAAAACAAAAGACUAGCUAGUGCAAACUGUGGGUGCACUUGGAGGGAAUUUUCUUGACCACAGAUGCCUGCAUGGUCCACUUGUCCCUGUAUAAUACUGUAUCAGCCUAUGCAAAUGAAUAUCUAAAAAAAAAUAUAUAUACUAUAACGAACUGCCAAAACUGAUCAUUGUUAUGAGCGUUUUCAUUUUGUUUGUCAUUAUCAUCAUUCAUUACCAGAAUAUCAUGUUUCAUUUCAUGCUGUGUAACAAUAAGGCAGAUUCUGAUGGGUGUUACAACCUAAAGUUGGCCUUCCAAGUUGUCAUGUCUCUGGUCUAGGUUAGUGAAAUGUUGCUGUUAACAAAGCAAUAAAUGGUCAAGGUAAAUAUCA